AUGGAGUUGGCAUCAUCAAAUCAUCUUACAGGCGCCGAUAUAAUAAGUCCACUCCUGGAUAUGAUUUGCAACACUCUGCAUCUCGAUCCUCUCAUCGUGGUGAACUUGGGACUCCUUGUAAUUGGCAUCAUAACUUCCCUCCACUCGACUGGAAAUAUCGUCUACAGCUACGCCGCAAAGACAUGUCUGUCAACCGUUCACGUAAAAGUCGAUGAUCCUCUCUAUCACGACAUCAUCCGCUGGAUGGCAGACCAUGUAUUCCAGCAUCGCAAUUUCCUCUCCGUUCUAGCGCACACCGCAAACAAUUCCGACGCAAGAAGAAUCACAAGGCUUUCACGAAUGCAGGAAAUCAUUCACACUAAUGAAAUGUUCUCUCCCGGCAAAGAGGAUGCCAGAGGAUCGUCAAUCGAACUGAAGCCAUUCCAUGGGUCUCGACUUUUUCGCUUCAACCAGACAUGGAUUUACUUCCAUCAUAGAUCCAACAGCCUCAGUUACUCCAACCCCCUGAUGGACAGGGAAGACAAUACCCACUUGACCCUACAAUGUCUCAGUCUAUCCCUCUCACCACUCAAGGCCUUCCUCGAAGAAGUCCGUGCCUAUUCUUGCAAGGUCUCCGAAUCCACCAUCUUAAUUUACCGCACCCAACCCUUCUAUCGGGAUAUCCGCUGGAUGCCCAUCGCGACUCGCCCACUCCAAGAUAUCUCCACCAUCAUCCUGAACGAGAGCAAGAAAAAAAGGAUCCUCCAGGAUAUAUCCGAAUACCUACACCCCAAAACCAGACAAUGGUACGCCAAUCACGGUAUCCCUUAUCGACGCGGAUACUUCUUUUCCGGACCUCCAGGCACAGGUAAGACUAGCCUUGCGUCCGCCCUCGCCGGAGUCUUCGGUCUAGACAUCUACGUCCUAAGCUUGCGAGAUCCAACGAUGGAGGAGCCAGAUUUUAUCCGCAUGUUUUCGGCUGUCCCGAGGCAGUGUGUCGUGUUGUUGGAAGGUGUUGACGCCGCAGGGCUGAACAGAAAUGAACCCAUGGUCCCUACUACCACCAACACAAGUAAUAGCACCUACCCAGAUGAUAUUCCAAAGACACCAGGACAAGUGAGAGCACCAGAACCAAUUCCAUAUACAGCAAACUCAUCCGCAAUCUCCCUAUCUGGUUUACUCAACGCAAUUGACAGCGUCUCUUCCCACGAGGGCCGCAUCCUGAUCAUGACAACCAUCAUGCCGCAGGAGCUAGACCGCGCAUUGAUACGCCCGGGACGCGUGGACUUGCAUAUUCGAUUUGAGCUUCCCUGUGACGAUGAGGGUGAUCAGGAAAAGCAAGCGUUCGAGAAUGAGAAAGAGAAACUGGAAGCCCUUGCGGAGCAGUUUUCGGAAAACCUUCCUGAGGCUCGGUUCAGUAUUGCUGAUGUUCAGGGGUUUCUGUUGCAGUAUAAACGGGAGCCUAAAAAAGCGUGUGAGAAUGUUGCUGGUUGGGUGGAGGAGGAACUGGGUGUUGAGGAUGAACGAACUACUAAUACUGAGUAG